GCUCCUCUCGCAAGAAACUCCGGACGCUGUCUAGCGAUCGCGGAGUCCAAAGGCAACUCAUGCUAAUACUCAAAUGAAGCAUUACAUAUGCCUUUCGACGGACAGUCAGAUUCAUGGCAUGAAUUCUAUCAAUGCAUCACUCGUUAGUGGACGGGUCGAGGAAGAUGCAACCGCUUUUAUAUGCUUCAACGUCACUAAUGGCUUGUUGCCCUUCUCAUAUCCUGUGAAUGAUUCAAGAGAAGCUAAAUUACUGCACGAGUUUGUUUCAUUCGUCUUUGCCAAGCAGGAUGUUCCUUGGAUUUUGGUACCCAAUGAAUAUGCGGGCCGAAGGCCUCUCUUCUCACGCAAGCUUCCAAAUGAUCGUCCCUGGAUUUUUGCUAGGCUGUCCAACACUCUCCUGACAUAUGUACCGUGUACCAUGUCCCGGAACGAACUUCGAGCCCAGAUUCUGCCGCUACCAAUGCAUUGGGAUUCUGCCAUGGUCAAUUAUGUCCUCCCAUAAUUAUUCGCGCACGAAAAUGUGAAGAUAACGUCAGCAGGAAACGAACUCCUGGCGAUCAAGACACUCUUUUUCCGUCCACUCUUGACGGAGCCGGCACUCUUUUAAUCAC